AAUGCUAAAGUAUUGUGUUACCAGGACAUCGUCAAGAAAUUUACAACCGACACUUUCAUCUCUUGAUGUUAAUGGAGAAAGUUUAGAUUUGUAUGGUUCUAUGUCCAGUAUUGCGUCUAGCUUCGUCACCAUGAGGAAGAAAAAGAUCGCACCACCACCACCAGGCUCUUUCAACGACUCCGAUCAUAGUUCCAUUACUUCAAGUCCUACCCCAAGUGCGCCCCACUCUCCUCGAAUGACGCCCCGCUCUCGUAAAACCAAGAAAGCACCACUUCCCCCAACGGCAUCAUCCUCAACACCUUUCAGUCAUAGUAAAGUUUCAGAGUAUUUUGAAUCUAACGUUUCUCCAUUAUCUGAAAAAGAUUAUCACCUUCCUCCUCCAGAAAUACGUAUAGGUGAUUAUGAGACUGAAAAGACAAAUAAAGACAAGGAAAAUAGAAACCGACAAAGUCAAAUAUACGAUACUUCCACAAACACGCCAACCAUUACGGACAAAAGUACCCAUGGGAAAUGGAAAAGGCGAAAAGGUCCAGCACCUGCUCGCCCUAUACCUCAACGAAGGCAAAUUAAGCCUUUACCUGUAGCAGAAAUUAGAAGGGAGCUGGAUUUCAUCGAAAUUCAACAGCAAGGACUUGAAAGACAAGGGGUGCGAUUGGAACAGAUCAUUCGAGAAAAAUGUGAAGGGCCAAACAGUGAUCCCGAAGGUAGCAUGUCUCCUGAAGUGGAGGAGUUGAUUUUGCAAUUGUUUGAAUUGGUCAACGAGAAAAACGAGUUGUUUAGAAAGCAAGCUGAAUUAAUGUAUUUACGAAGACAACAAAGACUAGAAGAAGAAUAUGCAGAUCUGGAGUACCAGAUACGAUGCUUAAUGUUGAAACCAGAAAUGAAUCAGACAGACAGUGAUAAAGCAAAGAAGGAGGAAGAACUUAUCAACAGGUUGUUAGAAGUAGUAGAAAGACGAAAUGAAAUAGUUGAAUGUUUAGAAAUGGAUCGAAUAAGAGAAGCCGAGGAAGAUACAAGCAUAACAAAUCAAAUGACUCUGUAUACCAGCAAAGUAAAAGACGAAGUUGUACCGUUAAAUGUAGAAGACAAUAAAAAGCAGUGGAAACAAAAAAUUAAGAAAAAACUGAAGCUAAGCAAGUCUCCUAAAGUUGACGCUGAUAAAGAUAUUGAUGAGUCAGAAUUGAGUUCGAAUUCUUUACCAUCAUCAAAAAAAGAGAAGAAGAAAAAAUUUAAUUUGUUUUAAAAAGUAAUGUACUGUUUUUAUUAUUAUAUGAACUCAGCCAUAUCAUUGUUAAUAUAUAAUAUCAUCUGUGUGA